GCCAUGGGAGACGCGACAGCUCUCGUGCUCCGCUGUGGCUCGCGAUCAGCUCAGAAACUCUCCGCUACAAUCAUAGGAAAUCAGGAUGAUUUUACCAUUCAGACGGAAGAUUUUACGAUUCAUAUGGAAAUAAGGGAGACGACUUGCGUCAUACGAUUCGACUCGCGCGGGUUUAAAGUAAACGUUCAACACGAUAGAUAACUUUAGAUAGAGAGAGAGAUCUCAGAGUCCACAGUGAACUCAUUCAGUGAACCAGCAGCUAACCUCGAGCCUUCUGUCAUUAUACACAACCGAAUUCAUCGAUUAGGACUGAAGCCGCAUACUGUGGAUGUGUCCUAGUGCGCGUCAGCGGUGCUGAGAGAAGCUGGAGGAGCAUCUCGACACGCUCUGAUGAGAAUUCCAGCCCUUCAGGAACAUUAAUAUUUACUCGUCACCGUACCCAGCAUGGCUGACGCCAGGAUUAAACGUCCAGUGGAACAACUCCAGCAACUGUCCUCUCCGUCCUUUGGUUUUUCAUGGAGUAGGCGGAAGUGAGGUACUAUAUAAUCACGGCGAGAUGAUCUUCACGUCACACGACUGCUGAAGAGCUUCAUAUGGCGGAGGGCUGCUGUGGUGUAGUUUUCUAGUGUAUUCCGGAUCGCUGCAGAUAUGCUCCAGACCAAUAACUACUCGCUGGUGCUGCUGAUCCAGCUGGCACUGCUGACCUUUGACCUGUUCGUCAACUCCUUCAGUGAACUGCUGCGGGCCGCGCCGGUCAUACAGCUCGUGCUCUUCAUAAUCCAGGACAUCGGCAUCCUGUUUAACGUGAUCAUCAUUCUUCUCAUGAUGUUCAACACAUACGUGUUCCAGGUGGGGCUGGUGUCUCUGUUACUGGAGCGAUUCCGAGCGCUGCUGAUACUGUCUGCACUCUACCUGACCCUCAGCAUCAGCUUUCACUGCUGGGUCAUGAACCUGAGGUGGAUGGAGUCCAAUGGUUUCGUGUGGACGGACGGUCUGCAGGUUCUCUUUGUGUUCCAGAGACUGGCUGCUGUGUUGUAUUACUACUUCUACAAACGCACAACCGAGUACCUGGGAGACCCCAGACUUUACGAAGAUUCCCCGUGGCUCCGUGACGCAUUCGCUCGAGCGCGACAGUGAAACCAACCCGGAAUGGUGCAUGAGGGACAUUAACGUUGUGCAAUACAACACACAACCAAAGCAUUUCAAGAAACUAAACGGAUGGACUCAUUCAGAGCCCCGCCUCCUUUAAACAAACUUACGAAUUGUAGGAAAGAGCCAAGAGGGCUUCCAUGGAGCACAGUGGCAAAUGGAGAAAUCGCAUAAUGACUGAAGAAUAAAACCUGACGUCUGAAUGUCUCUAAACACAUCUUUAGUGCAGUUGUAAUGU